AUGAAUUUUUCAGUAACAUCUAGAGAUGACAUAAUAGAUGAGGAGGACCCACCGGAAAAUUCACCGGUGGAACAAGUGGCUCUAACCGUUCCGACCGGAGACGACCCAUCUCUUCCCGUCGUGACUUUCAGAAUGUGGGUUCUGGGUAUUAUAUCGUGCGUUGUUCUUUCUUGUGUCAACCAAUUUUUCUGGUACAGAUCCGAACCUUUGAUUAUAAGCUCCAUUUCCGCCCAGAUCGCCGUCGUGCCUUUAGGGAGGCUUAUGGCGGCGAAAAUAACGAGGCGUGUCUUCUUAAAGGGAAGUCGAUUCGAGUUUACUUUGAAUCCUGGUCCAUUUAAUGUGAAGGAGCAUGUGCUGAUUACUAUCUUUGCAAACUCUGGCUCCGGCAUAGUUAACGCCAUUCAUAUUGUAACGGUGGUCAAGGUUUUUUACCGGCGUAAUAUCUCAUUCUUCGUUUCUUUGAUCGUUGUUAUUACUACUCAGGUGCUAGGCUUAGGAUGGGCAGGUAUAUUCAGAAGGUACUUGGUGGAGCCAGCCGCUAUGUGGUGGCCAUCGAACCUCGUUCAAGUGUCUAUAUUUCGGGCUUUGCACGAGAAAGAAGAAAGGUCGAGAAGAAGGUUGACGCGUAUUCAGUUCUUCAUAAUUGUCUUCACUUGUAGCUUUGCUUACUACGUUUUUCCAGGAUACAUAUUUAAAAUGUUGACAUCACUCUCUUGGGUAUGUUGGAUAUUCCCUAAAUCAGUAUUAGCCCAACAACUUGGCUCGGGCCUAUAUGGUCUUAGCCUUGGAGCUUUGGGAAUUGAUUGGUCAACAAUAUCAUCCUACCUCGGAAGCCCAUUAGCAAGUCCAUGGUUUGCCACAGCGAAUAUUGCGGUUGGAUUCUUCUUGGUGAUGUACGUGCUAACUCCCAUAAACUAUUGGUUGAAUGUCUAUAAUGCCAAAACAUUUCCAUUGUUCUCCGAUGAACUCUUCAAGAAAAAUGGAUCGGAGUACAACAUUUCAAGCAUUGUCAAUUCUGACUUUAAGCUUGAUCUCAAAACAUACAAUCAAGAAGGUCCUCUUUAUCUUAGCACUUUCUUCGCCAUGUCUUAUGGAGUAGGAUUUGCUACCAUUGCCGCAAUUGUUGUGCAUGUGUUGUUGUUUCAUGGCCGGGAAAUAUGGGAGCAAUCAAGGUAUAGUUAUAAAGAAAAAAAAUUGGACAUACAUACAAAGUUGAUGAAUGGUUACAAACAAGUUCCCCAAUGGUGGUUUUUGGUGAUACUUGUGGUCAAUAUGGGAGCUGCAAUCUUUGUGUGUGAAUACUACAAUGAACAGCUCCAAUUGCCAUGGUGGGGAGUUCUUCUUGCUUGCACCAUUGCAUUUGUUUUCAUUCUUCCUAUAGGUGUCAUUACUGCCAUAUCAAAUCAGUUAAUUUUGUUGAACAUCCUGUCGGAGUACAUAAUUGGGUAUUUGUACCCUGGAUAUCCAGUGGCAAAUAUAUGUUUUGAGGUUUAUUGUGGAGUGAGCAUGGCUCAAGCCAUCAUAUUCCUUCAAGACUUAAAACUCGGUCACUACAUGAAAAUCCCUCCGAGAAAUAUGUUUGUGGCACAGAUUCUAGGAGUAUUGAUAUCUGUGAUAGUGCACUUGAGCACAGCUUGGUGGUUGAUUGAAACUAUUCCCGAUAUAUGUCAAUCCUCCUCCUCUAUUUGGACAUGUCCAACCGACACUGUCUACUACGAUUCCACUGUCAUUUGGGGCUUGAUCGGUCCCCGACGCAUAUUCGGAAGUCAAGGCACUUAUAGGGCCAUCAACUGGUUCUUUCUAGGUGGAGCCGUUGCUCCUAUGAUUGUAUGGUUAGCACACAAGAGAUUUCCGGAGAAGAAGUGGAUUAGACUAAUCAACAUGCCGAUAUUGAUCGGUGCGACAGUAAAGAUGCCACCAGCAUCGGCUGUUAAUUACACAUCAUGGAUCCUUGUAGGGUUCUUGUCGGGGUUCGUGGUCUAUCGAACCCGACCAGAGCUAUGGAAGAGGUAUAAUUAUGUGUUAUCUGGUGCGUUGGAUGCUGGGUUGGCAUUUAUGGCUGUGUUGUUGUACUUGUGCCUUGGAAUGGAAGGGAUAAGUCUUGAUUGGCCGGGGAAUGAUCUCGAUGGUUGUCCUUAUGCUAAAUGUCCUACAGCCAAAGGUAUCAAGGUAGAUGGUUGCCCGGUUGUCUAUUAGCUAGGUUCUGGCGAUUUACAAUUUGAAUAUGCACGGUGAACCUAAUCCAAAAUUGGAUUCCUGAUCGAAUCAAACCUCUUUUUUUGUUUCUCAUCAUGUUCUAAUUGUUGUUUUUUAGAACGUGGGAUUUACUUUCUUAAAGAUUAUAAGUUUCUAGAUUAUUAGAGUACUCAAUCUUUU